GCCUCUCACCAGUUCUUCCUUCAGUCGAUAGACCUCAGAGGCUCAGAGCAGAGAGGAUGCGGACGCGGGGGAAGGGGAGGCGGCUAUUUUGCUCGCUGGAGGCUACCUUCCCCGUCCGGUGAGCUUCCCCUUCAUUUUCUGGUGUUCCCGUCCUUCCUCCUCCGUACGGCCCUCGCGGGGACGGCAUCAUUGUGGCUUCUCAGCCUCGAUGGAGACGGCGCAGGCGCAGCGAGCGGGGCGUGCAGGAUCGGCCCUCGAAGCGCCUCCAGGCCAACCUAGAGGCGGUGGCUUCUUCUCUUCCCCGUCCGGAGAGGUCGGGUGGUUUCUGCAUUUGUGCUCGUCGGCGCGAAGUUUGUAUGGUCCGCGCGGUUGGCGGAUGUGUCGAGGCGAAGGCAGCAGAGGCGAUUUUGACUCUUCAUCGCCGGCUCGCGGUUCGGCCGCGCCGCCGCCGUCCGACUGUCCCAUGCUACAUUCGGGAUCAUUGUUGAUGUCUAGCAGGGUCACCAUCAUAAGUUAUGAUUCUUACAUGUACACAGUUGCAACUGAGCUCAAGUUCCGCAUUGAUUCUGAUGGAAGUUUGGCAACAGUAGGCUCUACCAUGUGGAGAGAUUUCUUGGUCAAAGCUGGUCUCAACGAAAAGGAUCAUAUUUCUUUUCUCAUCUUCAAGGAAAUGUCAUGCCUAGUAGUCUGCUUUGAAGAUAUGAGCAUGUAUAUUUUGCGUCGACUCACAUCGGUGGAAUCAUGUGCUUCUAUAACUAAAAAUCGGAAUUUUAUUUUGUGUUUUGUGUUGUUUGUUCGUGAAAUUAACACCAGUAACGCAACUAUGAAUGCCAUGAUAUUAUUUUGCUUUUGGGAUUCCUUAGUUCUGGUUACAUUGCUUUUUGGCAGGAAGGCGUUGUGUUUUGGAAUUAACUAUGAAUUCUAACCCUAUGUUCAUAUUUGUAUC